AUGGUGGAUGGAUUGUGCGAGCAAUUCAAGAUCAAACAUCAGAAUUCCACUAUUUAUAGACCACAAAUGAACGGAUCUGUGGAGGCCGCGAAUAAGAACUUGAAGAAGAUAAUCCGUAAAAUGACUGAAAGGCAUCAUGACUGGCACGAAAAGCUCCCCUAUGCAUUAAUGGCGUAUAGAACUGCUAUUCGGACUUCUACCGGGGCAACGCCUUAUAAUCUCAUGUACGGAAUGGAAGCAGUUUUGCUAGUUGAGGUCGAAAUUCCUUCAUUGCACAUACUAAUGGAGGCCAAAUUGGAUGAGGCUGAUUGGAUUAAUGUGAGAACUCUUCCUAAGAACAAGUUAGAAGCACAUUACAUUUCCCAGAAUUCAAUCAUGGCUUCAAGAUUGGCUUUUUGCAUAGCUAUAGUUCUCAUCUUCCUCUGGAGUGUUGCUGAUGCUUUUGUGUAUUCACCACCUAAAAUCUUCAAUGUGGUGAACUAUGGUGCAAGAGCUGACGGAAACACAGAUGACAGUCAGGCAUUCCUGAGAGCAUGGAGUGAUGCAUGUCAAUGGAAAGGAAGCAGCACAGUCUUGAUUCCAGGGGGAACCUAUAUGCUGCAUUCAAUCACAUUUUCGGGGCCAUGUCUCGGAGAAAUGACAUUUUUUAUUAGAGGGACUCUUAAGGCUCCUACUAUUCCUGCUUUGUUCUUCACAGAUACUUGGAUUGGAUUUCAUUCUGUUGAUAAUUUGACUGUGACUGGGAGUGGAUAUUUGGAUGGUCAAGGUGCUUCUGCUUGGCAUUAUAAUGAUUGCUUCAAGAACUCUCAAUGCUUGCCCCUCCCUUCUAGCUUGAGGUUCGACUUUAUCAGAAAUUCCAAGAUACAGUACCUAAGUUCAAUCAACAGCAAAAAGGUCCAUAUCAACCUUUUUGCAUGCAACAACAUAGACAUCAGUUACGUUAGGGUGUCUGCUCCAGAGAACAGUCCAAACACAGAUGGAAUCCACAUUGGAGCAUCGACCAACAUCAAGAUAUCAAGAGCAAGCAUUGGAACAGGCGAUGAUUGUAUAUCCAUGGUUUCCGGCAGCCAGAACAUUGACAUUUCUGAAGUUAUUUGCGGCCCUGGUCAUGGCAUCAGCAUCGGAAGCCUUGGUAAAGGCUCUCAAAACCAAAAUGUUAUGGGCAUAAGCGUCAGGAACGCCACUUUCUGGAACACUGAAAAUGGUGUGAGGAUCAAGACUUGGUCACCUUCUUGGUCCAGUUUGGCUUCAAAUAUUAGUUUCCAGAACAUCAUAAUGAAAAACGUUGGCAACCCCAUCAUUAUUGAUCAGAAGUACUGCCCACAUUGCCCACCAUCGGGUGGUGAAUCAGUCUCAAAAGUUCAAAUCAGAGAUGUAGAAUUCAACGACAUUUCGGGCACAUCCAGUUCAAAGGUUGCACUAUCUUUGCAAUGUAGCAAAUUGGUGCCAUGCCAAAACGUGAAGCUUGUGGAUAUUGACUUAGCUUACAAAGGCCUAGGAGUACUUGCCAUUGCAUCUUGCUCUAAUGUUAUUGGUACUUCCUAUGGCAUACAGAAUCCUGGAGGUUGCCUUUAG